CAUUCUCCUGCACAGAAACACAGACAACAACAACGCUAUGCUGCAGUCUGUCCCAGUUAUAGAAAAAGUCAUGCUGGUAAGAACCCACUCGUCACCUAUCUAGAAGGAAUCAAUCAUCAGAGCUGCCUUUGUAAACCUGCCUUGCAUAAAGGGCGGCACGUUGUGGGUGGCUGCAGGGACUCUGUCAGAGCAGGUAGGAAGCUUUUUAAAAAGGCAAGCCUUAGCAGAUGAACUGUGUUAGGAAAAACAUCAAAGAGGAGAAGGGUGUUGUACACAGACUACAUCAUCAGACAGCCACCUCUGACAAAGUCCACUUCAGCGGUGUGUCACACAGCCUGGGUAGCUUACAGCUGGAUCCAAAACAGCACUUUUUUGGAAGAAGAAAUGGGUGAACAGACUGCGUUAUCAGACUGGACGUCUGCAACAACUGAUGAAUAUGACUAUAGUGGAGACCCAGAACUUGAUGGAUUGUGUGAAUUUAAAAGCAACUAUAAGCAUGAGGUGACAUACCAAAUUUACUCUUUCAUUUGCGCACUCGGACUACUGGGCAAUAUUCUAGUCCUUGUCACAUAUGCAUUUUAUAAAAAAGCCAAGACCAUGACAGAUAUCUAUCUAGUAAACGUGGCCGUGGCAGAUCUCCUGUUUGUUCUUGCCUUGCCUCUGAUCAUAUAUAAUGAGCAGUAUAACUGGAGCAUGGGUGUCUGGGCUUGUAAGGUACUACGAGGAAGCUACAGCAUGAACCUGUACUGCAGUCUGCUCUUGUUAGCCUGCAUCAGUGGAGACCGCUAUAUUUCCAUUGUUAAAGCAAGGCGUUCAUUUGGAAUUCGCUCCAGAGCCCAGAUAUACAGUCGUCUCAUCUGCACAAUAUUAUGGCUAUUUGCAUUCAUAUUGUCCAUGCCAACAUUCAUAUACUCCGAUCUAGGAAAGGAGUACGUUAAUGGAACGGAAGAAACUGAGUGUACGUUGUCAUUUGCGACAAAUGGCACAGCACAACUGAUGAAAAUCCUCCUGCCUAGCAUACAGGUGUCUGUGGGCUUCUUCAUACCUCUGCUGGUGAUGGGCUUCUGCUACUGCAGUGUCAUUUUCACUCUACUCAGAGCACAAAAUUACCAAAGGCACAAGGCACUGCGUGUGGUUCUGGCCGUAGUUCUGGUGUUCAUCCUCUGUCAUUUGCCCUAUAACGUCACGCUCCUGAUCCACACUGCUCGGCUGUUCAAAGAGAGAGAUUGCAGUGCAGAACAGGACAUCCACUUGGCUUUGUCUGUGACCAGAAGUGUGGCGUAUCUCCACUGCUGCCUCAAUCCCAUCCUUUACGCCUUCAUCGGAGUCAAGUUCAGGAACCAUUUCUGCCAGAUCGUUGAGGAUUUGUGGUGCUUUGGGAAGAAAUACUUCUCCUCCAGACCAUCCUCUCAGCAAACUUCUGAACUGUACAUUGCUGCACACAAGUCCAUCGUUGCAGUAAAUCAUGAAAAUCCCUCCUCAUUUACAAUGUGAGGUGCAGCAGGGAACAGAACAUCGAGCCUUUUCUCGUUUGUGCAAAUAAACCUGCAGAUUUGGUGCUUAAAACCGUACUGAAUUUGCCAGUAGUAAGUCUGAACCAUGAUGGACAUUGCGCUCAGUGGGAUUCCUGGUCUGGAUAUUUUACCUGUUUUGAAUGAGUUUCUCUUUUGCUUUUAAGUGUGAUUUUAUCUUUUAGUAAAGGACAGGACACUUGUUUUAGGAGGGCUUUUUUUUCCUGUUAAAAAUUUUUUUUCCUCAGUUACUUCAUUUUACUUCAAGGAGAAGACAUCAUACUGAAAUCAUAAAGCUUUUAGACAUACUUGUAUAUGUGUGGUAGCCUGGGAAAACCCUCCACAUGGUGAAAUUUUGACAUUUUCUUCUAUGUGUAGUUCUGAAAACUGCAUACUUUCCACAACUGAGAUCUCAAUCAGAAGUAAGAUUCAAGGAUUUUAAAGUCUGGUCACUCCCAAAUUUAAAAAAAAGGGAGAAAAUUGCAUUUUGACUGUAGCACAGAAGCAUCACAGACUAUUUAAGUCAGUAUCUGAGUACAAAUCAGUAUCAGAUUAGGCUUGUGUCCAUUUUGCUAUGAUUACACACCAACUUAAUCACAGGUUUUAGACAUUUUUAGACAGACCUUUUUACGACCAUGUGCGUUAUCCUGGCUCCUUACCCAGCAUGAUUUCUGCGUGAAGACAGUCGAGGCGAGAUUAAAAUACGGAGGGAAACAUAAAAACACUUCCUUGUCAGAGUGCACAAGCAGUCUUUGUAAACAUCAAAAAAGGAAAUGAAAACAUGAAAUACGUUUAUGGUUUCUUAAAGCUGUGGUGUCAAAGGAAGUUAUAGACAGGAAAAAAAAAACCCAACAUUUUAGCCCAAACAUGAUUUUCUGCUUUCUUCGGCUGUUUUAGCCACAGUGACAUAUAUUUGAUGGAAAAAAUCUGAUGGGUUUUCCUAGACCACUACACAUAUUAAUUAAAACAAUCUCAGAUUUUGCUGUAGCACUAUCACUAUUAUGGACUCAGUGUGCACAUACUUUGUACAACUUUUUUUCCUAAUAAAACUGAACUGCAGUGUCAGUUGAUGCAGGUGAAUUAUUCAGAAUUUUAUUUGCAUUGCACUGACAUAUGCUGUAAAUGGUUCUUUCUUUAAACAAGUCAGGAAACAGCCACAGCACUCUCCAAAUGUUAAUCCAAACAACAUUUGCAUUUACCUCAUCUUUUACAUUUACAUUCACACUCAGUAUUUUGGUACACAUCACUAAUUACACACUUCUAAACACUGUUAUGGCACUUGACUUGAAAUGUGGAUGUGUAUACACACACUUAGGCUCCAUGGUCUGUG